UGGCAGAUAAAAGCUUCUCAUAUUAAAUGGCUGAGGCAUGUUAAAAGGGUAGAAACAUGAUGUUGAGUCAUUAGUGUUAAAAACUUGUCUUUUUAUGCAUUGUCACAUUUCCGUAUACGACAUAUCAGUUGGUUUGGAAGUCUUUGCGUUCAUUUUAUAUUAGAAUGUGAAAGCAUUAAAUUGUAUCAACGAUUGACGACACUGAUUAAACUGAUAAAAGAGUCUGACGAAAAUGUCACGCUUUGAACCACAAAAGAAUUACGGCACCAUGGACAGCAGUGUCCCAAAUGUUGGGUUUGCUGGUCUGCAGUUUAGUCCAACAGAACUAUAUAAUUUAAGUGAAAACAUUACAACAAAUAUAAACACCGUAAUUAGAAGCUGGAAGAAUUUGGAACAAGCACUAAGAAGUGUAGGAACAGAAAAAGACAACCAAGGAUUGAGAGACAAAGUUCAUGUAACACAGCUGAGUUGCAACCAGAUUGUGUCUCAGACAGCAAAAGAUCUUCAACGGUUGACUGUAGUUGUUAGAAAGGGUGACAAACACCAGAAACUUCAAGCUGAGAAACUCACAACUGACUUCAAAGAUGCAGUACAGUGCUACAGUAGGCUUCAGAAGCAAGUUGCAGAAAAGAUGAAAAUUUGUCUGCUCUCGAAGCAGACACAGCCCACAACAAGUGAAUACAAUGACGAUGAUCAAGAGAAGCUCAUUGAAGAGGCAGAGCAAAUUGCGACCCAGAAGAGUCUGCAGAGGGAAGUGGAGUUUGAACAUGAGAUACUGUUGGAGCGGGAGCACAGGAUACACCAGAUUGAGGCAGAUAUUCUGGAUGUAAAUCAGAUCAUGAGGGAGCUAGGAGCCAUGGUGUAUGAGCAGGGUGACACUAUUAAUUCCAUCGAGAACAACAUUGAGAAUGUCCAUGGGAAUGUAGAACUUGGUCAGCAGGAGCUACAGAAAGCAUCUGAAUACCAGAUGGCACACCGCAAGAAGAUGUGCUUCCUGGUAGCUGUAGCUCUGGUCAUUGGAAUAAUUCUGACUGUAGUAAUUGUCGUCACACAGCUCAAGAGGUAGCAGAUCACCAGAGUGGGCUUAUCAUCUUCAUGUUAAUUUUGUAUGGAAUCAGUUCAUGAUGUGAUAGAAGUUCAUUCAUACCAUUUCAUUGCCUUUAUAGCAGGCGGUGAACAAAGCUUAUUCUGAUACUUUCUUUAUACCUUGCUUAUAAGCCUGGCAAGCCGAAAUUCUUGCCCAUUUGAUACCGCUACAAAUGUUGGCUGGCAUUAAGAGUUGCAGUGAUUGAUUGUGUUCCAGUUAGAUUUUUGACAUGGCUUAUUCCUACCAUUUUCAGUUCCUUGAUUUGCAUCAGAUCCCCCAAAAUAAUUUUUUUCAAAUAUGAGUAUUAAGUAACGUGUCCAUGACACAAUGCCGACUUACAUGUAUGUAAUCUUUAUUGGCUGAGCACUGCAAACAGACUUCAGGACAACAGCUCAAGCUUAAGAAUUUUGUUCUGUGUGGUAAAGUUGCCCCUGUACUUGCGAGGGACAUGGAGAUAAGCUCCCAGCUGCUUUUCCCCCCAGUAGGAGGCUGGCCACCUGGACUGCACAUAGGCCUUCUUGCACAGCUGAUAAAGGAAAAUUUACAAGAUCAAAUAAAUAUUAGAUAAUUCUAGUGCACUUUGUAAUUGCAAAAUUUACAAUCUCCAGUAUCAUUACAGACAUGCUAUAUGUCACUUUUUUGACAAAAAUGCAGUGACCUUUGUAUAAACCGUAAAUGUAACAUUAUUAGUUAAUCUUAAUUGAAGGCAUCCUUCUGUGUAAUAGCUGUAAUAAGUGAAUAAUGUAAAUAAUGUAUGUCUGUCUAUACAGGUUUAUUUAGUAUAUUAUUAUUUUUAACAAUACCACUACAUGUUUCGGACCAACAUAGGCCAUCUUCAGGAGGCACAUAAGGGUUUUAUGAGUAUGAUCUGCUAGUUUUUAAAUUAUAAAAAAUACAAAAACAAAUAAAUUUGUGCUGUACAUUAAGUCUAUGGUUAAAAUACAAAACUUUUAAAAUAUUUUGUUACAAUAUUUCUUUCUUAUCUAAGAUAAAGUUACAUUAAAUACUAGGUAACUAAGCAAAGAUUAUAUUUAUCUGCCCUAUUCAGAUCGUUGUAGGAUAUAUUUAUGUGGGAGUUAAAAUACAGUGAUUAUUUGAUAUUAAUGCAGUCCUUGUAGAUCUCCUUUUGUUGCAUGUACAUCUGUACAAGUUGGUAUGAAAAUGGAUGUAAAUUGAUUCUGUAAUUGAAACAAAUAUAUUACAUACAAGAGUA